GUAUCUCCGAACCUAUCCAAUGUCACCACGUCGUCUUGCGAAUCCGUGGCUAUCGAGACUGCAAUCAAAUCCAUGAUGAUCACUUUCCGAAACGCCCAACGAGGUGGCGAAAAAAUAUCAAUGGAAGAACUUAAAUCUUGUCUGCGAAAUGAACCACCAGGUUCUUCAAAAUUAUCUAUCCUGUCCUUCAAAAAUGCCAGCCACGGAUGUACUUUGGGAGCAUUAUCCGCGUCGCAUUCGGAUCCUUACAAUAAACUAGAUAUACCUAGUUUCGACUGGCCGAUGGCCACUUAUCCAUGUUACAAGUAUCCUUUAGAAGAAUUUGCGUGUUACAAUGAAUGCCAAGAUUCUAAAAGUGUGUCGAUGGUAGAAGAACUGAUCCACCAGUGGAAUAAAAAAAAUAAGCCUGUCGUUGGAAUAAUCGUGGAACCGAUUCAAAACGAAUGUACCGAGUCGCCAUCUCCACAAUUUUUCAAGAAGCUUCAAGAACUAGCCAAGAAAUGUGGAAUAUAUUUAUUGUUGGACGAAACUAAAACAGGCUGUGGUGCGACUGGAAAAUUUUGGUGUCACGAAAAUUUCUGUUUGAGCUUUCCUCCUGAUGCUGUUGCUUUCGGAGGAAAGUCACAACUGGCUGGAUUUUUCCAUUCUGAAAAUUU